UCAUGCCGGGCGUUCCAGUAUCCUCUCAUGGGUUUCCCGUGGCAGACAGCUGCGGCCGCUGCUGUUGGGGUUGGCAUUGGCAUUUGCUUGGAAAAGUUGCGAAGAGUUCAGACGGUGAGAAGUUCAAGUGAUGUAGUGAAGUCAGGUGUUGAUGUCUUCGUGAAGAAGGACCAACUUGAAGAAGCAGUUGCCUCUUGUUUGAAAGCCGUGGGAACUCCUCCCGACAAAGCUGCUUUGGUUGCAAAAGUGUUGGUAGCAGCGGACUGUCGUGGAAUACCAUCACACGGUGUAAACAGGGCAGAGAUGUAUUGCGGUGAGCUUAAGGCAGGGCUGAUUGAUCCUACGGCCAACCCGAAGAUAUCAGCGGAUUCACCCAGUGCGGCAAAUGUGGAUGGAUGCAAUGGACUUGGUGCUGUGGUGGCAGAAUUCGGAAUGAAGUUAUGCAUUCAAAAGGCCAAAUCCACGGGAGUUGGCUUCGUUGUGUGCCACAAUAGUAACCACUUUGGUAUCGCUGGCUAUUGGUCAGAACUGGCGUUGAAGGAAAACCUCAUUGGUUUUGCUUUCACCAACACAAGCCCGUUUAUGGUUCCGACCAGAGCUUGUCAACGUGCAGGAGGGACUAAUCCGAUAGCAUGCUACUGCCCAGGAGAAAACGGAGAUAGCUUUCAGCUUGAUAUGGCUACGACCACUGUGCCAGUAGGAAAGAUUGAAGUCUGCCAUCGCAAGGGCCAGCAGAUUCCUCAUGGAUGGGGCGUUGACAACACAGGAGUUCGCAGCACCACUAGUCCAGAAAAAGUUCUCGUGGGAGGUGGCUUGACUCCUUUAGGAGGGCUGGAAGAAACAGCUGGUUACAAAGGCUAUGGAUUGAACAUGAUGGUUGAAAUUUUGUGUGCAGUUUUAAGUGGUUGCCACAAAGUGGGCCCGGAUGUGCCUCCCUGGAGAGUGGAUCGUGGUACACCAGUGGACUACGGACAUUGCUUUAUUUGCAUCGACCCCACAAAGUUACUGCCAACUGGGGAUUUCCAGAAAGCUCUCAGUGGGUAUUUGUCGACCAUGCGACAACUUCCACCAGGGGAUGCAACACAGUCGGUGUUGGUCCCUGGCGAUCCCGAACGUGCCGAAGAAGGAGAUGCCGCAAAGCACGGAGUGCGCCUCAACUUACAAAUUUCUUUGGGUUUGAGGGCUCUGGCCCAGAGCUUCAACUGCUCUCAGAUGCUUCCGCAAGAGAUUCAGGGGCUUCCCGAACGUGCCACGGCUCCAAAGCAUCCGCAUACCGUGUGAAAGCCACAGUCCAUUGUAUACAGUAGGAGACGUGGACAGUUGAUGACAGUUGUGCAUUUCUUCUGGCCUCGCUUAAAGUACCGUGUGAAAAGAUAUGAACAGUCUAGUGAGUCCACACGUGUUCACAACAUUUCACAACGGAUUAUUUGGC